AUGAUAAUCGCCCAAUCCAACACAAUUCCGGCGAUCCGACUCGCCGCCACCGCCAUCCGCCAUCACCAACACCAACACCAACACCGCCUGCGCUUUCUCCAGAACCGCUUCGUCCUCCCAACCGCGCCAACUGCCGCAUCUUUCCACCGUCUGACGCUCGGCGCCAAGAGCGCGAGAGCGUUCUCAACGAACGAGGAAACUUCCGCCGACGUCCAGAAGCUUCCGAGAAAACCGUCGCUAUGCACGGCCGACGAGCUCCAUUAUGUCCCGGUCAAAAAAUCCGACUGGCGGCUCGCGGUUUGGCGCUACAUUCCGCCGCCGCAGCAGGCUCCCGCCAGAAAUCAUCCGCUUUUGCUGUUGUCGGGCGUGGGGACAAACGCCAUUGCAUAUGAUCUGUCUCCCGGGUCUUCUUUUGCCCGUUAUAUGUGUGGCCAAGGAUUUGACACUUGGGUACUAGAAGUCCGAGGUGCUGGGUUGAGCAUGCAAGGCUUGGAUUGUAAAGUAGUUGAGGAGUCAGCUCAUACAAAAUCUGAACAAAUGGAAGCUGCUGCGGAAAAAAUGACGGAGGGCGCCUGGCCUGCAAACCAGCAGCAAUCCACAUUCUCUAGCAAUUCAAAUAAUCCGGAGAUAGCUGCGGUCAAUGAUGAACCAACUGGAAUUGCAACAGCAAGGGAUGGAUCGAAACUCGUGUCAGAGUUUUCGGAAACUUUUACACGCUUGUCAGAGAGGCUUUCUGGUUUUCUUAGUGAAAGUCAGUCAAAGAUAAUGUCGGCCAAAUUUUUCGAUCAAAUAUCAAACCUCUUUGAAGAUUCCUUUUUACUUGGACGCUUUAGUGAGAUAAAGGAAAAAGUUCUAAAUUUGCUGGACACAAAGCAAAACUUUGGUGUAUCUGGCCAGAUAAAGGAACUAAGUCAAAAGCUGGUUGAUAUCAUUGAUGAUGGUCAGCGUUCUGUUACACCCCAACUUUUUGAUCUGCAAGAGCGCUUACUCAUGACAAUAGAUGAUUUCCAGAAACAAUUGGACUUUAUUGUCAAAUAUGAUUGGGACUUUGACAAUUAUUUGGAAGAGGACAUUCCUGCUGUGAUGGAAUAUAUACGGGCUCAGAGCAAACCAAAGGAUGGUCGGUUACUCGCAAUUGGUCACUCCAUGGGGGGUAUUUUGCUAUAUGCGAUGGUAUCGCGAUACAGUUCCGAAGGUAGAGAUCCGGGAUUAGCAGCUAUCGGUACAUUGGCUUCGUCACUUGACUACACCACGUCUAAAUCAACACUCAAACUGCUUCUUCCCCUAGCUGACCCUGCUCAGUUUCUUAAUGUACCUGUUAUUCCUCUAGGAGCAAUGCUAUCUGCAGCUUAUCCUCUCUCUUCACAUCCCCCUUAUGUCUUGUCGUGGAUGAAUGACCUGAUAUCUGCACAGGAUAUGAUGCAACCCGAGUUGUUGAAGAAGCUGAUCCUAAAUAGUUUUUGUACUAUUCCUGCUAAACUAUUAUUACAGCUUACGUCUGCCUUUCGGGAAGGCGGACUCCAAGACAGAAGUGGUACGUUCUUUUACAAAGAUCAUAUUCAUAAAAGCAGUGUUCCCAUCUUAGCCCUGGCAGGGGAUCGGGAUUUGAUUUGUCCACCUGAAGCCGUAUAUGAAACUGUGAGGCUCAUUCCUGAGCAUUUGGUCAUGUAUAAAGUGUUUGGUGAACCUAAUGGCACACAUUAUGCCCAUUACGACUUGGUGGGAGGACGUAUGGCUGUGGAACAAAUAUACCCUUGUAUCAUCCAAUUUCUAAGCCGUCAUGACUCGGAUCAAUAA